UGCACAACACAAGGAAAGGAAAGAGGUCGGUGCUUCAAGGGUUUAUUUCCAGUUCGGGGACGACGAGACGAGUACCCCUCCCUCUCUGGUUCAAACGCUAUAAACCCUAAUUUCUCUACCCUCGAUCCUCUCCUCUGCGAAUCCCAACGAAAAGUCGCGAAAUUCUAUACUUUUACCUUGUGGAUUUCUCAUUCCGAUCAGGUGAUAAUGGUCCACUUCAGCUGCUAAUGUUGAUUGAUGGAUCCUGAAGGCAAGAAGUUUGGAAGAGGACCAAGAGAACUAACUGGUGCAGUGGAUCUUAUAAGUCACUACAAGUUGUUGCCUCACCAUGAGUUCUUCUGCAAGAGGUCACUUCCUCUGUCGAUUUCAGAUUCGCGCUACCUUCACAAUGUGGUUGGAGACACAGAAAUUAGGAAAGGGGAAGGGAUGCAAUUGGAUCAGCCCGUUCAGGAUAUAUCUUAUUCAAGAGAAACAAAUACUCGCAUACAGCCUUUUGACCUAGAUGUCCUUAGAGAAGCCUUUCAACUGAGAGAAACUACUCCCAUUGAUCUUCCUGCUGCAGAGAAGGGGAUUCCUACUUUUGCUGGGAAAUCUAAAAGUGAGUCCAAAGAUAAGGAGAGGAAGCAUAAAAAGCACAAGGAUAAAGAUAGAGAGAAGGAUAAAGAACGUAGGAAGCACAGGCACCACCACAAGGAUCGAAGUAAAGACAAGGACAAGGAAAAAAAGAAAGAAAAAAGUGGGCAUCACGAUUCUGAUGCUGAACACUUGAAGAAACAAAAUGAGAAGAAAAGGAAGCAUGAGGGAGGUGAAGAACUCAAUGGCGUUCAUAGUCACAAGAAAAGUAAGCAUAAGAGCUAAACGAUUGAUGAGAUGGGCGCCAUAAAAGUAGCAGGGUGAAAGAUUGCAAGUAGUCUAUUUUAUUUUUUGUUCUCAGAUGUUCGGUUGAGAAUUUGGAGGGUCCAUGCUAACAUUUUUGAGGACUCUGGAUUAGCUAAAGGUUGUGAAGGUGAAUUCACCUGCUGAAGGGUAUUCGAUUGCAAGGUGCAAAUAGCUGAAAAAUGAAAAUGAAAUUUGUAAUCAUUAACAUGCUAAACUUUGACCCUUUCUUUCAGUUAUACUGGCACUUUGGAAUUAUAUUUUACUGUUUUAGAAUUUUAAAUUUUAGUUUCAUAAUUAGUCGGUAUCUGCUUGCAGCUGUGGAUAGUGGAAGGAAUUGUAGGUUAAGGGAAGGUGCUAAUGUAUAUUUUGAUUUAUUCAUCCCUUGUGUCCUAGAGAUGACACUGACAAGCCUUCUCUAAGGUUGUGUUAAUACACUAUUGAUAGCGGGGGAAUCUUUGUAAAUACUAAAUAUAAAAAAAACUGAAAUUCAGAAAAAAUUGGGAUUCAGCUG